AUGGCCGACGUCGAGGAGUUGGAGAAACUCCGUGCGGAGAAUGCCAAACUCAAGAAGGAGAUUCGAGAGCAAGAGGAUUCGCUAACAUCCUUGCGAAGCCAGCUGCGGGCAAGGAUGACCGGUGGCGACAGGGGCGCCGUCCUCCAGUCCGUGACGGGCAUUGCGGCCCGUGCCGCGCAGAGGAGCUCGUCCACUCGAUUGGCCGAGUUCGUUCUGAGGGGCCUCCGAGAGGAGGUCUCGGCCGCGUACGCCAAGUUGUGCUAUGGCGCCUGGGUGCGGCAGGCACUUCUGGCACGGGCAACACGGCCACCUCCGCCGGCAGCAGCCGCGCCGGUAGCGGAGCAGCCCGCCGAACCCAAAGCUGAAGGUUCAGCAGCCCCGGCCGGCGCGGAAAUUGCAAUGCUGCAAGCAGAAGCAGCAUUUGAGCGCAGCCGCGGCCUCGCGGCAUGGACUGCGCGGGCCGUCCAGCAUUCCCUCAUGCAGCGAAGUUUCCUGUUCUGGCGGCAACUGCGACCUGCAUUGGCGCAAAGGCGUCUGGCAGAGUGGUCUGCACGACACCUCCAUGCCCUUGCUGAGCACGGUCUUCUCGCAUUCUGCUUUUUCAGCUUCCGCCGCUUCGUCAAAGGCUCACGCCGCCCCGGCACCACGAUGCGAGACGAGGAGGGCGACGACGCCUCUCCUCCGCUGCAGGAACUCUCGCUUCUCACGCCGGCGGCGUUGUGCAAUGCCGUUUUCAGCCAACAAGCGAGCCGGCGACUACGCCUGGCCACUGUUUGGUCGGCCUGGUGGUCUGCCGCCAAAGAGCUGAGGCAGGAUCGAGUGGCUGUGGGGCUUCACAACCGCUUCGAGGAGGAGCACGAUCUCAUGGACCAACGCAUCAUCUACUGUCGAGAUGCCGUGGUCAAGGAGAAGCUUCGCCGUGAGAGGCUCGUGCUCAUGCGAUGGAUGUUCGACGUCCUCCACCGCUGGGCAUCCCUUGGGCGAUUCCGAGCCCGAAGCCAGCGGCGAGAGGAGGAGUUGGAAGCCUUGGUCAGCGAAGCGAAAAGGGCAAUGGACGCGACCUCCGAGCGUGCAGUUGCCAUCAUCGGCCGCCUGCGCCACGAUCCAAAGCCGUGGUCAUUGAGACUGAUCUUCCACUUCUGGGUCACGCUUCGGCUACUCUCCAAAGAAGAGAUGGGCACAGAGGCCGCACAGAGAAGGUUGGAAGAAGAGCAGGCGGAGGUAUCGAUUCUUCGCCGCUACGUUGCCGCUGCAACUUCCGAGGAUCAGGAGGCUGGCAACCGAAGUGCUUUAGAGGACUUCGAAGCUGCCGGCCGUGCGGCAUUAGGCUAUGCUGAGUCAUGGCCACCGAAGGCGGAGAGCGGACUGGGAGCCUCCUCGUCGUCUGCUGCCUUCGUCGGUUACAGUGACGGGGAGCCCCGGCGCCCUCGAGUGCCUGCCGGUCGUGACUUUGCAAGCACCAUGGCCUACUUGCGGCAGACGCGCGAUGCCCCCGCAGCCGCAGGCUCGCCGGUGAAAGCUGCUUCCGGACCGCCGCCAAGCAUCGUGUCGCAGGACUUUCAGACGGCCCAGUCCAUCGGCACCAAUUCCGCGCUCUGGGCGAAGCUCGACGAGACACGGCGAGACGAGAAAAAGUACGUGUUGGCAGAGCCGUGGAGCCCUGCUGUCGCCAUGGGCACUUUCAGCAUCGCGCCUCUUAGCUCACGGCCGAACUCACGGCCGCAAAGCGCCCGCUCCGUGUCAGCCCGCGGGUCGAGGCCUCAAUCCGCUCGACCACAAAGUGCGCAGAGCCGGCGCAGCGAGUUCGAUGGCAUCGCCGCACGAGAGGGAGACGGAACCAACAUCAUCAGCUACAAGGGCAUCAUGUCCCGGCAGCAGUUUCAAAACAGGCCCACCACGGCUGGGCGCCGGAUCUUGCCCGCCGAGCUGGGCCUGGCGGGUCGACGGGUGCUGACGCUUCCCUCGCAUGUGGACAAUUGUGACCAGGGAGAGGCCUGCUGCUGGCGUUGGCUGGCACACGCCGUCUUGAAAGAAGCCGCGUGGCUGAAGGAAGACUUGGACUCCCUCCGAAAGGAGCAUGCAGAGCGCCUAGCGCAGAUCUCCAAGGUGGAGAACUCGACAGAAGACCUGGCAGAAUUACGUGGCGCGCACCGGGCAGUGCAGGAAGAGCUCAAGGCCACCAAGGCGCAAUGCGACGAGCUGAGGUACGAGAUGCUCACCAUCAAGACUUCUGGCGCCCAGAGGGCCACAAAGGUGGAGGACCUUCAAAAGGAUGUCCAGAGGCUGGAGGACGAGAAAGCACAGGCACUCACCAAGUUGGAGGAGGCGCAGAAAGAGCUCCUGGAACGUGAGCGAAGUGAGUACCGCAUGCAGAGCGAGAUGCAGGACCUGAAGCGUCAGAUCCUGCUGUUCGAGGACGACAAAGUCCGCAAUGAAGGUCUGCUGAAAGCCAUCCGCCAGGAGCGAGACUCUCUCCGGCAGGCUGCCGACGAUGCCGCAAGGCGGCGAAAGGCAAAGGCAAAGACGAAAGCCAGGAGUGCGUCGGCGAAAAAGUAG